AGAGCCUCCCGGUGUAUGCGCUCAGAGGACAGGCAGCCCAUCAGUCCCAGCGCCGCAAAGAAAGAGGAAACCGAGGGAUCCCCCAUCCGUCGGGACUCUGGGAAACACCAGGCUGUUGUGAGAUGGUUCACGUGGGCAGAAUACGCCAGACUCCUUGAGGAUAAACUGAAGGCAGUGAACAUUACCUAACCUCCUUUGAUUGUUGUGUGCACUCCUGUUGCCAUGGCUGGUCUAACAGCUAAGGUGACACUGCUUAGGUGUGCGUUGCUGUUUCUCCACCUGAGUGUCUGCCGGUGCCAGCGUGACUGCACCGGUGUAGACUGUCCCCAGCUGGAUAACUGCAUCGAAGAAGUGCUGGAGAGUGGCAGUUGUUGUGCUUCAUGCCUGCGAAAAGGAUGCACAUGUGAGGGUUACCAAUACUAUGAUUGCAUCAAUGCUGGAUUCAAGAAUGGCAAACUGGCAGAAGGAGAGUCAUACUUUGUUGACUAUGGCAGCACAGAGUGCUCCUGCCCCACGGGAGGGGGCCGGAUCAGCUGCCACUUCAUCAGCUGUCCUGAUGUGGCACAAAACUGCAUUGAGGUGUCAGAGCCUGAUGGUGAUGGUUGCAUGCAGUGUGAACGUGUCGGAUGUGUCCACGACGAGCAAAAGUACAAUGCCGGACACUCAAUCCAUAUUGACCCCUGUCAGGUCUGCCACUGCCCAAAUGAAGGAGGGAAGCUGAUGUGCUACCCUGUGCCUGACUGUGACCCGCUUAAGGUCUAUAAACCCCCGUUAGCUGCACCAGCAGGGAAGGACACAGCCAGCAGGCACCACAGUAACCCCUACAGGUUGGACCAACAAGGACGCAUGGAUCAGUUCUCCACUCUGCAUCACCACCUGCCCAGUGGGAAUCUUCCUCUCUUCAAACCAUUGCCUUUGGAUAAGGAGGGGGCAGAGGGGUAUAAUUACAGUCCUGAAGACUUUUCAGAGAUUUACCCUCAAUCUCUAGUCUUCCCCACAAAGUCCCCCUCCUCCAACAAAGUCAUCUUGGUGUCCCAAGGCACCGACAGACCUGACAGAACCUCUGCCUUUCAGAGCUCUGACAGAGAGAGCAGGCUGGAGCUGAGAGAAGGAUACGGAGUUCAUGACCAUCCUGCAUACAGACAGGGAGUGACAGAAAGUCCUCUGAGAGCAGAGCAGAGAUCUAUCAGGCCUCAUAUUCACAAGGAUGACAUUACUUCUCCGCAGCCCUCACAGGGUCUAACAAGUGUGCAGAGUGUCUCAUUCACUGAUUCGACAACACAGAGAGAUUUGGAGAAUCCAUUUAAUGCACUCACAAGUUCAGGAAGUGGAAGUGUUGUGUUUCCACUGAAGCGAGGAUUGGGGAGUGCAAAACACCCAGAGGAUCCAAAUAUGAGCCCAGAGAAUGCAGUUCUGCAUCAGAGAAGCUCUGAGGUGAAGACACAUGACCAAAAUGCACCAGAUAGUGUGACACCCAGCGGUUCGAGGAGUCAGAUUGUUAGUCAUCCAGUGAGGGGCACGGACAGUCAAAUCAAUAAGCAGAGACAAUCAGACAGAGUGAAUUUUCCACUGUACAUACUGAAAGGUCCAGAGAGCCCAGUCCAUACCCAGGCCAGUUCAAAUGGUCCAAACAAAUUACAGGGCGCAGUGGCUGCAGACACUGAAAGACGGAUAGAUGAAAAAGAGAUAGUGGAGGAGGAGGAAAUAGUAACAUUUCAUACUGUCACUGGGCCUGAAGAGAGGAAUGUUUCCUACAAGAUACAGUCAGUGCAACAGGAGAGACACUAUACAGAGUCAGAGGGCAGCGAUCCAACCAGCAGCUAUGAAAAGACCAAAACCAAGCCAAGCACCAGCUCACCCAGAGGGCCUGAGUACCCAGCAACCCCCACAGUCCACUAUAUAACCACCACCCAGUCACCAAAAAUGGUUACUCUGAAUGAGAGUGAGCCCAGCCAAAAGCCAGCUCAGAGGCUGUUAACGCUUCACAGUGAAGACCAGGUGAUGGAGAGAGACGGGGAGGGGAAAGAUCGCCUUGUUUUGCCCAUCAAACCAGAUGGAGGUCCAGCUAUGUCUGCUGAAGACCUGCUGCAGAGCUGCUGUGCUGCUGGCCAAAGAUGGGCCUCAGAAAACCAUCACUGCAACCACAUGCCCCUGCUCAACACUGACCAGCACUCCACAUGCAGUGUUGCAGAGAAACAGUGCUGUCUGAGCUCUGUAAAGGAGAGCAAGUGUGAAUCAGGUAUGACUUCAGCCAGAGGAGGGGACACCUGUGGAGUGGAGGAGGAUCAGUGCACAGAUGACUUCUACCAGGUGUGCUGCAGCUGCUGUGCUCUUGGUUUGCGGGUGCGCAGCGAAGGACAGGGUUGCGAUGCUCACCAGUACCUGGGCUACCCAUGCGGUCAUGUCUUCCUCACCUGCUGUGAGGAGGAGGAAGGUCCGAGCCAGAUCCUUCUGAGGAGAAAACAGAAGCACAGAACAACUUCUGUGUCCAGAAAAGAUUCACGAGGUAAGUGGGCAGGAAAGAUCCCCAAGGAGGCCUUCUCCAUCAGUGCCACAGAUGAAAGUGCCAACGCAGUGGAGGAGCAGGAGGCUGUGGAUGGGUGCCAGCUGUGUCAGCACAUAUGCACCAACAUGAGGGGCUCCUACCGCUGUGGCUGCAACCAGGGCUACAUCCUGCAACAGGACAGUCACUCCUGUGCGCCAGUGAGUCCAGACAACAGAGUGCAAGAGCACAGUCUGGCUGUGCUUCCAACACAAACUACGACUACUGCCACCAGAGCAACCACCAGCAGCUCCGUCUACCAUCAUCCAUGUGCAGAAAACGGUUCUUGCAGUCAACGGUGUACGGAGGUGGCAGGAAGGGCUCACUGCUCCUGCUUCCCAGGGUUCUUGCUGAUGAAAGAUGGACGCAUGUGUGAAGACAUUGAUGAAUGUGAUCUGCAAACCCAUAACUGUGGUAUGGGCUCUUUGUGUGAGAACACAGUGGGCUCCUUUCUGUGCAGUCCCAAACACAAGUGCAUCAGUGGCUUCACACAAGACUCCCAUGGCAACUGUGUCGACAUUAAUGAGUGCAGCAGUCUGAGCGAGCUGUGCAGUUCAGGCUUUAACUGUAUCAACACAGUGGGCUCCUACACAUGCCAGAAGAAGAUCAUAAUGUGCAGCCAUGGCUACCACAGCAGCCCUGACGGAGCCAAGUGUGUAGACACUGAUGAGUGUCAGAUGGGGACACACCGCUGUGGAGUGGGUCAGAUCUGUCACAACCUCCCUGGCAGCUACCGCUGUGACUGUCCGACGGGCUACCAGUAUGACGCCCUUCACAAAGUUUGCACGGAUGUAAAUGAGUGCUGGCGCUAUCCUGGCCGGCUGUGUGCCCAGACCUGUGAAAACACCCCGGGCUCCUACCAUUGCUCCUGCACAGUGGGCUUCUCCCUAGCAUUUGAUGGCAAGAACUGUGAAGAUGUCAAUGAAUGUGACAAAAACCCCUGCAGCCAGGAGUGCACCAACACCUACAGCUCAUAUCAAUGUUACUGUCGCCAAGGAUACUACCUGAAAGAGGACGGGCACACCUGUGAAGAUAUUGAUGAGUGCUCUCAGAGCGUCGGGAACCUUUGUACCUUCCAGUGUGUAAAUGUUGUCGGCAGCUACCACUGUGCCUGUCCUCCUCACGGAUAUGUCACGUCCUCCAAUGGACGUACCUGCAGAGAUAUUGAUGAAUGCACCACUGGCAGCCACAACUGUUCAUAUGGACAGAGCUGCUACAACCUGCAGGGGAGCUUCAGAUGUCUGUCCUUUGACUGCCCUCACAACUACAAGAAGGUGUCAGACACACGCUGUGAGCGGAUCAGCUGUCCCACUAACUCCUUAGAUUGUCAAAACUCCCCCAUCCGCAUCACAUAUUAUCAGCUCAGCUUCCAGACCAACAUCAUAAUUCCUGCCCAGAUAUUCCGGAUCGGACCAUCCCCUGCCUACUCCGGUGACCACAUUGUCAUCAGCAUUAUCAAAGGUAACGAGAAGGGCUACUUCAGCACCAAGAAGCUCAACAGCUUUAUGGGCGCUGUUUACCUGCAGAGACAAGUCCGCCAGCCUCAAGACUUCCUGAUAGAUGUGGAGAUGAAGCUGCUGAGGCAAGGGACCUUCACCUCCUUUCUUGCCAGGAUAUAUGUCUUCAUCACAUCUAGUGCUGCAUAACACAAGAGAAAAACAGAGAGGGACUGGAAACUUUAUAUGGUGCCAAAGAUUUAUAUGUGCAGACUCUUUUGGUAAUGCCUCCCCACAAUCAGCAUUAUUCAGAAAUCAUGUUGAAUGUUGCCAAAGACUUUGUUUGGUUUGCUUGCCUUAUCAUUGGCAGGUCAUUUUGCUUGUUUCCUCAGACUUAUUACCACAACCAUAUUUACUGAGAUACCUUGUAUUUGUACUUACAGUAUUGAAAUUAAUUUUCUGUUUGCCUCUUGUUAAGGUAAUGUAGCUGAUAUGCAGCACCAUUGUUAGUAUCUACUCUAGCUGCUGAUUCUUACAGAUGGUGGCAAGGUGCUGCGCAGGUCACUGCACAAGUCUGAGUAUGAGUUUUGUGCACUGCUCUACUGUCUUUAAGAACUGCAUUUUAACCUCCAUAUGUAAAUGUAAAUUUUUAUGAGGAUUAUUCAUGACAAUCCGAAUAAACCAAUAAAAUUUUGCAGCUCUCAAAGUUAAAGAUAACUGUCAGCUGUGGAGGCCCAAAGCUGACAAAAUGCGCUCAAAGCUUCCUGACUCAGAAUAGUCAAAAACAUAACUUAAUACAUCAAUUAAUUAAAAAUUACAAUUAAAUGUAAAACAAAUAAUAAAUUAUUAUUGAAUUUAUGAUUUUCCCUUCCAAUGGGUAAGAAAAACCUAAGCUGCCUUUUCUCUCAUUACCACUGCUUGGUUGUGCAAAUAAAUUACAAAUUAACUUAUUUUUUUACUUCAGUGCAAUUGAUUAAACUAAAACUAUUGCAAACUAAACAAUUAGCUUAUACAUUAGCUACAUUCAAAUUCUCCAUUAUUUAUGUGUUUCUGUUACUUCUGUCAGUUUUGGUCCUCCACAAGAACCACCCGAAUUACUUGUGAGGUUAGGAAACAAGUAGCAGAUCCUUCAAAUAGUAGUAGUAAUAGUUUACUUUUUGGGGCGUGUGUGAUUUUUUUUAGCUGUGAUCUGAUGAGAUUUAAGUAUUGAAACAUAAUGUUAAUUCACACUAAAAAUGUAAACAAGUCAUGCAUGGUAAAUUUCAGCACUGAGAAGUGUUACUGUUGAUCUUUUUAUUGUAUAUUUCAUAUUUUUCUUUUAACUUGAUGCAUCUCUCUAUGUUAAAGUAUUGUAAUUAUCUCAGGGUUAAAAUCAUGCAAUCAUGUAUACAAUUCUGUGCAGUUUGCAGGACAGCUGUUGUAACAGUCUGUACAGUUUCAGCUGCCAUAUGACAUUUGUAUCUAUAAACCAAUCAAUAAAUGAUAAUCAAAUUGU